AUUUCGAGACUUUGACAAAGAGAUUGUCCAAGUUUUCAAAACACAGACAUAAUGUUGAUUUCACUCCUUUUAGGUUUUUUAGCAUAGAAUCCUAAAAGCUAGGCAUAUAUUGGUAUGAAAAUGCUACUCUAAUUUCCAGUCAGACUCUCUGGCUUGAAAAGAAUUUCGAGGUAUAUAUGUAUCUGUUUUGAAAAGUUUAAAUCGAUUUUGUUGGACACGAGGCAAUAAACUAAUAAAUAAUCAUAGGAACUUUCACUUACAUGUAGAAUAUUUGUAAGAACAGAAUAAUAUAAAUAAGUCGAUCAAUAGUUGUGCAUUUACAUCAUGAUAAUACGAAACAGAUGUCCAAACAGGCCUCGUUUUUAGGCGUGUAAGGCCUGUCAGAACCUGUCAAGUUUUUCGAGCGAGUACAAUAAUGAUGACAGACUAGAAACCAUAGAUGCAAAGAGGGCAUUAGGUCUAUUACUCAGCCCGAUCCUAACCCGACUGUCAUAGGCAUCAUCCAUGGUUUUUCGACUAGUGAAAGUCAGAGGUUCAAGCAAUUUUUGGCCUGUCUGGGCCUGUCACUUUCAUUAGUCAGAAAACCAUGGAUGAUGCCUAUAACAGUUGGUUCAUGACCGGGUCGAGCAAAAGCCCUAGUGCCCUGUUUGGACCUCUGGUUUCUAGUCUGUCAUCAUAAUUGUACACGCUCGAAAAAUUUGACAGGCCGAACAGGUCUAAAAAACGAGGCCUGUUUGCACCUCUGAUACGAAACCAACUAAAAACAUUGAUUUCAAACAAUAUAUCUUAAUGUUUUCAUAGCGUAGUCAAAAAGUUCUGCAAACCGCUUUCUAAAAUCUCAUCCUAGUUGGUUUUAUUCCUCAUGUUGACCUAUUCUAGUAGUGACAUCUCUUGUGUAUGAAAAUACCAAUACGAAGUUUCACAAAUGUUUAUUAUGGUAAAUAUCCAACGAAUUUUUUGAACCCCUUGGUUUUCAGAUGGAAAGCAGUACAUACACUCAUAUGUAAAAACUCGUUUGUUAUUAGGGUUAACAGCUACACAAAUUCAUGAUGAAUUAACUACUGCUUAUGGACAUGGUGUAGUUUCAUAUUGUACAGUUGCUCGAUGGAUUCAACGAUUUUCAAAUGAGCGAGAAUCCUUGGAAGAUAAUCCUCGAAGUUGUUGUCCAAUAACUGCCAUCACUCAACAAAAUAUUGAUGCUGUUAAAGAUCUGUCGAAAAUUUAUACAAGAAAAGAUCAUCAUAAAAAAAACUUGGCAUUAAAUUUGCAUCUUCACAAUGCAAAACCAUGUAUGCAAAAUAUUAAUCUUAAUCUUGAUUAUCUUCAAGAAGAAAAAAUCAAGGUUAUGGCUCAUCCACCAUAUUCACCUGACUUUGCUCCUUCAGACCUUUGGUUGUUCAAUCGUCUGAAACGUAGUCUUGAUACAUAUCCAGUUUCAACAAGUUUAGCUACGGCAACAACCAAGGAGCUUAAUUCAAUACCUAUUCACGAAUACCAAAAGACAUUUCAGAAAUGCAUUGAAAUGAUGAAAUUUUGUAUUGAACAUCGUGGGGACUGCUUCUAA